AUGGCAGACUCAAGUCAAUCUCUAAGAGGUCUCGAACAAAAACGACUUGAACUAGAAAAGCAAAUCUCGGAUCUACGAACCUCAAUCUACCACUGGAGGCUUUGGAAUGCGGAGUACGAUGGUUUGAAAGAGGAGCUUUCAUCUUUACCUGAAAACAGCACACGUGAAGAUAUACUUGAACUAGGAAGAAAGUUUGAAGGGUCUCAAAUAACUGAGAAAGAGGUGCGAGCGUUAUUGGGAGAAGUAUCCCCUGGACCUACGAUAUCAAGGUCACCUCAACAGAUCAUCCGUGCGAUUGAUCGAAGGAUUGACUAUGUGCUGGAGAAUAUAAAGGUCCUGGAAAAGCGUACUGCUGCUUUGGAAGACGAACUGAGCACGUUUGUUGUGGAACAACCAGAUACUGGGUUAAAUGAAGAAGGCCUGCCGAUUACUGAGAUAGUUGAAGAGCUAGACGAAGAUGGCAAUGUCAUUUCGAGCUCUACAACAAUGCCUGGAAAGGAGACCAACGAACUUCUCAAUUCUUUGAAGAAAGCAGGGUUGGAUAUACCAGGUGGAAAAGCAAAAAAUGAGCAGAAAACUGAGUUUAAAGCAGCAGACGUUUCCCCCCAAUUGGCCUCUGCAAACAUCGCAACUGAAAAGGCAUCUGUGCCGGACACUGCCACAAGCAAGCCUAUCCAAGACCCUCAAUAUGAGUUUGAAACACAAGAUCGAACAAAGACCAUCAGCCAAAAAGUUGACAUUCCUGCUAAAGAGGACCAGACUAUAUUACCUUCCAAUAUUCUAGCAGCUCCCAAGGUAAUGACAUCCACGGAAUCAGUGAUACCAACAGUAAAUGAUGUGGAGAAAGGCUCAUCGGUAGUGGCUAAAGUUGAAGGGGACUCCCCGGAAGAUGCUGCGUUGCGCAGAGAGAUGCUUCAAUAUGGGCUUGAAGAGGUUGGCGCAAUUGUUGCGGAACUUGAACUUGAUGAAGAUGGCAGUGAGUUUUCGAUUGAUGAUGAAGAUUAUGAUCUAGAUGAAGAAUACAGCGAGGAUGAGGAUGAGUAUGGCCGAUCAACGAAGAGAGUCUUGGAUGAUGAUUAUAUCAAGCAAAUGCGUGAGCUCGAGAAGAAAUUGAAUGCGAAAAGCUUGCAAAAUAUUGGCCCUGACACUAGCUUACUGCCAUCAGAUGUUCGUUCUCAAGUUGAACAAGGCCUGUCUGCAAUGAAGAAAGGCCCGGCGAAGAAAAAGACGGUGGCAUUCGCGGCUGAACUUGAUAUUGCUCCUGAACCAAGCCUUCAACCUAGCCCUCCAAUUGCGAAGGCCAAAGCCAAAGGGCUCCCCCCGCCUAUCCAGGAGGCAGUAAUUGAAAGGUCAGACGCCAAGCAUAGCGCAAAGAUUCAGGAUCAAGGGUCAGCACGAAAACCGUCCCGCUUCAAACGCACCCGAAAAGCAGAAGGUUCCACCGCUCAAGAUGUGACUGCACAAUCUGCCCCAAUACCUCCAAAAAGUGGCUCCUCACUCAAUUCAAGAGCUCCAGUCAUUCCGCCGCCACUGUUCCCCGCUACUCCUUCAAUCCCAAAGCCGUUCUCACAGCCCAUACCUAAUCUGGACAAGCUUUCCUUAACAGAUAGCAACAAAGAUGGUGCAAAGAGCUCAAAACAGAAUAAUAAGCCGCUAGCCGAUGUACUAGUUGAGAGAACUGUACAUAGGGAUUCCGUUAUUCCUCCUGACCCAGACGAACUGGACGAAUCUAUUCACAGACGAGAAGUCGCAUCUGAGUUUUAUAAGCUACGGAAUCAUAAAAUUCAGCAGAGCGGAGGGUUCUUACAGGAGGAUGCGACUGAGCCUCUUGUUCCUUUGGAUACUGACGAAAACUCACAGAGUGGACAAGAAAAGCCAAAGAAAGUGAGUCGCUUUAAGGCCGCUAGAGCCAAGUAA